AUGAGAAGACAGUUCCCCAUGUUCCACGGUCUAUUCUACCGCUCCAAGCCUAUCGAUCUAAUGUUGCAAUAUCUCAAUCUCUUCCUUGUCGCAUUUUUGGUAUUGACCGCCACCGCAAAACAAAUUUGCAAAGUCUCCCCUAGCGAUUUGUCUUGGCCGUCACAGGAUGCAUGGAAUUCUCUCAAUCAGUCCAUACAGGGGACCCUCAUCAGGACAGCCCCAGUCGGCUCAUCGUGCUACUCUGGCAAUCCAUUCAAUUCCCCUGAAAAUUGUACUGUGGUGAAAAACCAUUGGUCUUCUGCUGCAUACCAUGCUGCUUGGCCUGAGAGUAUCGACUACUCAAUCUAUGCAAACAAUUCAUGUUUGCCUCCCGGCGUAGAUGGAUACUCAGCUGGAAAAGGUUGUAGUAUAGGCGGUUUACCGCAAUACAUCGUGAAUGCCUCAACAGAACAUCAAGUUGCGACUGCGAUGAAAUGGGCAUCCCACAGAAAUAUCCGGAUCGUUGUGAAAGGAACGGGGCAUGAUCUAGGUGGACGAUCGACCGGUGCCUUCGCUCUUUCUAUUUGGACUCACAACUUCAAGCGCAUCCAAGUACACCCAAAAUGGAAUUUACCCGGAACGAACGAUACGGCAGAUGUGGUUCUUUGCGGCAGUGGAAACAACUGGGGGAAUGUUUACAACGCAGUGCACAAGAUCAACCGAACGGUAGUGGGUGGGGAGGAUGCUACAGUCGGCCUGGGUGGACUCAUCCAGAACGGCGGACACGGCCUUCUCUCGAGUCAUUAUGGACUUGCAUCAGAUCAAGUCUAUCAGGUCACUGUCGUUACCACCCAAGGUCAACUCCUUGUCGCCAAUGAUGUACAGAACCAGGAUCUUUUCUGGGCCGUUCGGGGUGCAGGUGGUGGUCAGUACGGAGUGAUCACAGAGUUCGUCUUGAGGACACACCCCGUUCCCGAGAAUGUGGUAACGGGCGGCUUCUCGUUUUACCCCAGCCAGAACUCAAAAGCCAGUGAGAUCGCAUCUUGGAAAUCUCUCGCUGAGAUUGCGGCCCAAAUCCCAGACUUGAUGGACAGUGGCCUGACGGGAACAGUCACAGCGCUGAACAAACAAAAGGCAGUUUCUUAUAUGGGAUUGAAGCAAGAGAUGCCAGGUGUAUCUGGAAUGAUAAGUUUCACGGGCUUCAACAUGACUAUCGAAUCAAUGAAUGCAUCGAUCAGCAAACUGGUUGCCCGACUCGAUCUUGACAAUGCGAACAUCACCCUCCAAUCACCUUCUACCAAGAGCUACUGGGACUCUACCAAACCAGACCCUUCCACCAGCAAUGCCGCUGGAUCCUCCAGCCUAAUGACAAGCCAACUUCUCGGUAGACGUGAGCUUUCAGAUAUCUCCCGCGAGAGGCUGAUCGACUAUCUCCAGCGGAUCAUGGUCUCCCAAAAUACAACCGCAGGCACCAUGCUUCUUUUUGGGCUACAAGCUGGAAAGGGACCGGCUGGUAUCCCCGAGAUGAGGCGUGGCAGUACUCUACCUGCUUGGCGUGAAGCAUACGUUCAUGCUAUGGCAUACAGUGCUUCAAUCGAUGCGAUUGGUGACCCUAGCCGAUCUUUAAAGUCUGGUGCCGAUUGGAUCAACAGCGCUCAAGAGUCGGUCUGGAAGAAUUGGGCACCCCAAUCCGGGUCUUAUAUGAACGAGGGCAACCCAUUCAGUAUCAACUGGAAGCAUGACUUCUACGGGGCAAACUAUGAGCGGCUCCUCAAGGUGAAGCGCAAGUAUGACCCCAGUGGAAGCUUGUUCGUUUGGAGCGGAGUUGGGAGCAACGAGUGGGACUAUAACUUGAACAGUGGUCUGCUGUGUCGCGUGUAA